CGUGGAGAGUCAUGCACGACCCCAAUUGGAGAAAGUGCUACCUGUAUAUCAGUUUACAAGUGCAAUCUUUUUCUAGAAGCCAUUAAACGUAAACAACGAUCAGAAAUCAGUUUUAUAAAACGGUCGCAAUGUGGAUAUGAUACAGAGCCUUUGGUCUGUUGUGGCUCUCGAGUUAAAUUCCUUGGAUCUAGGUUCUCAGAAAAUAACGAAGAAGUUGUUCAGUUUACUAGGAGUAGAGCUAUUCCAGAUAGAAGUACUUGUGGUUUACAGGAUUCUGAUAAAAAUACCAUAGAGGGUUUAAUUUAUGGAGGAACAGAAGCAUAUUUAAAAGAGUUUCCGUGGAUGGCCCGUCUUGGAUACUUAAAAAAAGAUAAAAAAAUUGUAUGGAAUUGUGGAGGUUCACUAAUCAGUCCACGGUAUAUCUUAACUGCUGCACAUUGUGUAACAAGUCAAACUCAGGAUCAGGUUGGACGACUAUCUUACGUAUUAUUGGGAGAACACGAUACAAGAUACAAUCGUGAUUGUAACAAAAAUGGAAUCUGCAACAAUUAUCCUGCUGUUAUUACUAUUUCAAGUAUAAUAAUUCAUGAAAACUACGACUUCAAAGUUCAAAGUAAUGAUAUUGCCCUAUUAAAACUAAGUAAGAAUGUUGUAUACACAGACUCGAUUAGACCUAUUUGUCUUCCUGAACCAAAUGAAGAUUCCUUACAAAGUGAAGAAUUACUUACAGCAUCGGGUUGGGGCUACACUCAAACUGGUCGUUCCGAUGUGAAACUCAAAGUUGAUCUCCCUUAUCGCACUAAAGAUGAGUGUACUGAAGCUUUUAAAAAUACAAACAUCAAACUCAAUGACAAUCAAAUAUGCGCCGGAGGAGAAGAAGGAAAAGAUUCUUGUCAAGGUGAUAGUGGUGGGCCAUUAAUGAAAAGAUCAAAUGCCGAUAUUUUUCAUUGGUACCAGGAGGGAAUAACUUCAUUUGGACUUAACAUUUGUGGAAUACAGGGUUUUCCUGGAAUUUACACCAAAGUUUCAAGUUUCUUACCAUGGAUACACGAACAUGUAACAGAUUAAAUAAAUA